CGUGUUCUGCUUAUCUUCUUCUCCUUCCCGACCUUGCCUCCCGAAAACCUCCCCCACAGCCACCGACGCACUCUUCUUGAGAAAAACCGAUUUUCGGAUCUGCUCUGCUCAGCUCUGUCCUUCCGCGAGCUGCUCUUGCCGAUGGAGUGCUUCCCGGUUUUUCUGCCUCUCUGACCGCCGGACCCAGCUUUUGCUUGCCGAAAAAUUCUGGUAAGUUGCCGGCUCCUCCAAGUCCAAUUUAUCCAUGUAGUUGCUGCCUUGUGUUGAUUGGAUUUUCUGCUUUUGAAUUGCCCUUUUUGCUGUCCGAAAAUGGAAGAAAUUUAGGUGAAAUUGUGCUGGAAGGUGGAAUGAAUUUUGGUAGCUUUAAGUGGGUUUUUGUUUAAUUUAAGUGGAGGUUAGCUUGAGUUGGUUGCUGUGAUGUUAAUUAUGGAAGAAUCUUAUGACAUUCUGUGACUUGUUGUUUUGGCCAAAGCCGGUUUCUCAAUGGCUGUUCUUGAGUGUUCUAUCACCCUAGCACUUGGCUUGAGUUCCCGGUAUUACGGAUUUGAGGUAAGUAAAUUUAUGGUAAAGCCCUUUGAUUUUAAAGUAUAUUUUAAACUGUUUUUGAGAUGGUGGCAAGGUUAAAUUGAUUUUAAAUUGAUUUUAUCAGCAUUUGAGUGUGAUUAGACUGAAAUGAAAAUUGGGAUAUUUUUAAUGAGAAUUUCCUUGUUUUUUCUGGAAUUGAGCAUGAUUGGAAUGGAAAUGAGAAUUUCAUUGUUUUUCUGAAGUAGAGCAUGCCACUUAGAACUUACUGAACUGCUCUGAUUUUAAGAAUUUUUCGUAAAUUAUGAUUUUCUGUUAAAUCCAUGCCCACAUGGGAUUUUCUGGUUAUUUUUGAAAUUUGAGAUUUGAUGGUGAAUUCUUGAUUUUUUGGAAAUUCUGCAUGGUUUUGUCUCUGCUAUAAUCAUGAUUACUAACGCCCGUUAGUGGGAGUUUGUAAACGCUAGCACAUGUUGACAUGUAUUUCUGUAGAACCGGUUCACCCUGCUAAUGGGGUUAAACAUUGGUUAUUAUUGACGCCUGCCAGUGGGAGUUUGUUAAACACUGGUACUAUUACUGACGCCUGCCAGUGGGAGUUUGUUAAACACUGGUACUAUUACUGACGCUUGCCAGUGGGAGUUUGUUAAACACUGGUACCAUUACUGACGCCUGCCAAUGAGAGUUUGUUAAACAUUGGCUAUGACUUAUAGAUGAGACUACUGAUGAGUUUUAUUAUGCAUGAAUGGUUUAUCAUUGAAAGUUUUGUUAUGCUUACAUGGUUUAUUUGGCAUACUUAAAUUUUUAUCAAGGGCUGUCCAUAUUUUUACUUACUGAGAUAUUUUAUAUCACUUAGUUUUUCUUGUCCACCAUUUCAGGUAGUGAUACCCGACACGUGGGGAGCCGGGGGAGUGACGAGCUAGACGGCUAGGCAUUAUUUUGGAUUUAGAUCUUUUGGAGUUAGGCCGCUAGUCUCACA